AUGUCUCGUUCCACUCUUUCCGUGCUUUUGGCCAUCGCUGUCACUUCAAAAUUCGCCCUUGCUCAACCCGACCCAGCUGACCCAACACCACUUGUCGACAAGACUUAUGCCUACCCGUCAGGAAUUCCCUACCAAGUCGACUACAACACUGCUGCUAUCCGUGGCCCUCAGACCGGCUAUAACAUCUGUAACUCCACCACACAGAACCAGAAUUCUUUGUGCCAAACCUCGAUGGUGAACCAUAUUGACGAUUUCUGCUUGUGGGCACCGCCCAUUCCUAACUCCACCAUCGGCGAUACCGAACAAGAGGAGGUCGCAUGGUGCACAAAGCCUGGCCACGGCACUCGUCUCAUCCCCAAUGGUGCCCUCCAGGGUGUUCAGUAUCUCGUUACAUCGGAGUACAUUCAAAUCGCUGGUUUUAUCGACCAGACUCAGAUUAACAUGAACGCUCAAGACUACGGAGGAGAGCUCGACCCUCAUGGUGCUGACCUUCGUGGGAAUCCUCUUGGGGGUUUAAUGUACUCCAACGCGUUCCCAAGCAACGGUGGCAACAACGACUCCUACCAGCAAGUUAUCGACUGGACGAACUUCAUGGGUGGCGAUGCUUUCUGUAUCACAAUUUGUGAUCCUGCUUCUAGCAGCGCAAACCAGUCCGCUUACUGCCAGAACAUCUACGACCGCAUGGGUUGCAGUUACAACAUGCCCAACAAUGCCCAGAACGGUACCUUCGAGGUUUGCGACUCUGAUCUCAAGAUUCCUGCUGGUCUUUACGUCACCGGCGGCGUUACUAUGACUUACAGCCAGCCAGAUUCCGCCGCUGUCAACCCACCUUACACAGCUUUCACUCCCGCCUCAUCCAACUGCGUGACUUACGCCAGCUCUGCUCUCUACACCGGUAUCGCCACCGUUACCCCUACUGGCGUCUCCGCUUCAGCAAGUGGCGGUACUGCUAAGGCCACUGGGACUGGCUCGAACUCAGCUGGUGCUGCUGCUGCAACUCAGACCGGCGGUGCCGUCGCUCUUGGCGUUUCGACCCUUGCGGGUGUCACCGGUACUCUCUUCGCAAUGAUCUUCCUCUCAUGA